AUGGCCCAAAAGUUGGAAGCGCAAGGAGGGAAGGAGGCAACCAAUGGGACGAUGGAUCCGAACACGAUGCUGCCCAUCGCAAGAAGUGCAAAUGCAUUGGGUCUAUGUGUUUUAAAAAAAUUUUGGCCCGAAUUUAAGUUUUACCUAGCACUGGCCCUACGUCGAGUUGGGCCGGGCCUGCACGGUAUCAAAGGCCGUAGUAUUGCAGCUGAUCCGUUUGUGAUUAACCAUCCAGAGGAGCAUCAAGCUUCUGUUGAAGGUUGGUAUGGCCCUGGAGGUCUAAUACAAGGACUUAAAUUCAUAUCCAACAAGAAGACUUCUGAUUUCAUUGGAUACGAUGAUGGUAGUCAUUUCACUCUCCAAGUUCAAGACAAGAAAAUUAUUGGCUUCCAUGGCUUUGCGGAGACUAUGUACAUUCUCUUGGAGCUUACUUUGCUACAUUGA